AUGACCACAUCCCAGUCCCCCGCACCUACCAAGACGACCGUUGGCAUCCUGGGCGCUGGCCCGGCGGGCCUGCUGCUCGCGCGCCUGCUCUACGUCGCGGGCAUCGAGUGCGUCCUCCUCGAGGCCAAGGACCGCGCGUACGUCGAGCACCGGCAGCGUGCUGGCAUCCUAGAGCAGGGCACCGUCGACGCCCUGCGCGAGUGCGGCGCCGGCGCGCGCCUCGACAAGGAGGGCCUCGUGCACCACGGUAUCGAGUUCCUCUUCGACAAGGAGCGCCAUGCGAUCGGCUUUCCCGAGCUCACGGGCGGGCGCACGGUCAUGAUCUACGCCCAGACCGAGGUGUGCAAGGACCUCAUCGAGCUGCAGGUGUCCGCUGCGAGCGCUGGCGCACCACCCCUCUUGUUCGAGACGAGCGCGCUCGCCGUCGACGGCGCAAACUCGCCCAACCCAUCUAUCCGGUACAAGACCAAGGACGGCGCCGAGCACACCCUGUCGUGCGAGUACGUCGUCGGGUGUGACGGCUUCUGGGGCGUCGCGCGCGCCGCCAUCCCCGAGGAGCUGAGCAAGAGCUACGAGCGGACGUACCCCUUCUCGUGGCUCGGUAUCCUUGCCGACGUGCCCCCCUCCAACGAGGACCUGAUCUACGCGCGCCACCCGCGCGGGUUCACGCUCUUGUCGAUGCGCAGCAGCACCGUGUCGCGCAACUACAUCCAGGUGCCGAACGACACGGACGCCAACGACUGGGCCGACGAGGAGAUCUGGGACGAGAUCGAGCGGCGUACCGAGACCAAGGACGGGUGGAAGGUCAAGCGCGGGCCGAUCACGCAGAAGAGUGUCACCCCGAUGCGGAGCUACGUGCACGAGCCGAUGAGCUACGGGCGCCUCUUCCUCGCCGGCGACGCGGCGCACAUCGUCCCUCCCACCGGAGCGAAGGGGCUCAACCUCGCCGUCGGCGACGUCAUCACCUUCGCCAACGCGAUCAAGCACAAGGUCGCGACCGGCAGCGAGGAGAAGCUCCAGAAGUACUCGGACAACUGCCUCCGCCGCGUCUGGCAGGCCGAGCGCUUCAGCUACGACAUGACCAACAUGCUCCACACCGACCCGAACGAGUCCGAGUUUGUCGACAAGCUCCAGAUCGCACGGCUCACGCGCAUCGUCACCAACAAGGCCGCGGCCACCGACACGGCCCAGGCGUACACUGGCUUCCCCCUUGACUAG